CUCGGAUGCUCUGUCUACGGCAAGCGAGUGCUCUGCUCGCUCGUCACUAUCUUUCAUGGAUAAAUGCACUGCUCAAAUUUCACUCACAUACUUGAUAAAAGCCAGGAUUCUCAGUUGUCUCUCCGUUAGUUUAGUGUGUGUUUGUGAGUCAUUCGCAGUUGUGUGCGGCUCAUGAAUGACGAACACUGUGGAGAUUAGAGGAACCGAAUUAUGUCUUGCCUAAAUCUUCAUUGAUUAUCUAUAUUAGCAACAUUCGGAAUCUACACAGCUCUACAAAAACAAACAGAGAAUGUUACUACAGUAUCUUUUCUUAAUGCUUUUGGACGGUGCGUUUGGUGCAGAAACAGAUGAGACCGUGUCAGUAAUGGAGGGAGAUUCUGUUACUCUGCACACAAAUCUUACUGAAGUACUGAACGAUGAUACUAUACUAUGGCUGUUUGGACGUAAAGACUCCAUCAUAUCUCAAAUAACAAGGAAGCAGGAUCUAACUUCAUUUUUUGUCACCGAUGAUGCGAGAUUCAGAGGCAGAUUGCAGGUGGAUCAAAAGACUGGAACUCUCACCAUCAGAAAGACCAGAAUCAAACACUCAGGACAAUAUAAACUCACCGUCUCUAGAAAACAGACUACGACGAAGAUAUUUAAUGUCACUGUCAUUGAUGUGGUUGGUGAGACAGAUGGAGUGAAGUCAGUGUCAGUGAUGGAGGGAGAUCCUGUCACUCUACAGUGUGAUGUUUCUGAAGUACAGAGAGAUGAUCUGAUUGUGUGGAGGUUUGGAGAUAAAGGCCUCCUCCUGGCUAAAAUUGAUGUGGAAUCUAACGAGACCUUAUUAAAUGAUGCUGAUGAGAGAUUCAGAGACCGACUCAAGCUCAGUGAAUCUAGAUCCCUAACUAUCAAGAAAACCAGAACCACAGACUCUGGACUUUAUGAAGUACAGAUCAGAGGCAGCGAGAGCUCGCAGCGAUUCCUUCUUUCUGUCAGUGCUGUUCCAGAUUCAGGUCUGUCUCCAGGUUUUAUAGCAGGGAUUGUUUUAGCUGUUCUGCUUGUGGCUGCAGUUGUAGCUGCUGUUGUGAUUUACUAUCGCCGCAAGAUCUCUGAACUACAAAAACAAGUGGAACCAAUUAAGGAAGUGUCAGUGGCAGAUGGAGAGUCUGUCACUCUGAAGACUGAAACUGUCCUAAAGAACGAUGAUAUGGUACAGUGGUGGUAUCAUGAUGACAACGAUCUCAUUGCUGUAAUCAGUGGAGAGACCAAAGGGACAUUUGAUGGUUUUGAUGAAAGAUUCAGAAGCAAACUGAUGCUGGAUUAUAAGACUGGAAAUCUCACCAUCAAUAACACCAUGAGUAUUCACUCUGGACUCUAUAUACUACAAAUAAGCAGCGAAAACAGAAAAAUCAACAGGAGAUUCAUUGUUACUGUCAAAAUGAUGAAAGUGUCAGUGGUGAAGGGAGGUUCUGUCACUCUAGAGACCAGAACUAAAAUACAGAGAGCGGAUGAGAUACUGUGGACGUUUGGAGCUGAAAACUGUCUUGUUGUUAGAGCUGAUCCAAGAAUAACUAUUGGUGAGAGAUUUACAGGCAGACUGAAGCUGGACGAGAAGACUGGAUCUCUGAGCAUCAGAAACAUCAAAACCGCAGACUCUGGACAUUUUAAACUACAGAUCAUCAACAGUGAAAAGACCACAUUCAGGAGAUUCAAUGUGUCUGUCACUGAAUCCACAGGAAAACAAGUGAAUGAAUCAGCAGCUGUAGAGAUGCCGCUGUUGAACCGUGAGAAUGUGGAUGGAGUGAAUGAGUGAUAAGUCAUGCCCACCAAUAUUAAUCACUGUGACAUCAUCAGCAUUUGAGCUCAACAACAUUUUUCUGAUUUUAGGAAAAGGAAAAAUGAACCAGUGUGUUUUUGAACCGUUAAACUCAGCAACAUUUAAAACUUCUUUAGAUGACAGGGAAAUGUCAA